UCUUUCUUUAACCAUUUGGCCUUUACCUACCUUUCUCUUUCAUUUCUGCUAUAUUAUAUUAUUAUAACCAAGUACUACUUCCACCACUCGGCAACACAACCAGAACCCUCCCACGGCCAUACUCUUCCUAACUAAACUUCCAAGUACCGGAAUCCAAAACCAGUCCCACCCCAUGUUUAAGGCAGCUAUUGCAAGCUUCAUAAUCAUAGCCACUUCCUUUUCUUUCCACUUUUGGCCACUCCCUCAAAAAUCUUCCUACCACUCCCUCUUCAUAUCCAAUUCCUUAUCAGACAAUGAAUCCAUUUCAAACCAUCUUUACAUGCUCACUCGUCGCCCUCAUGUUGCUGGUUCCGAAGCGAAUGCUGAAGCUGCCGCCUAUGUUCUGUCCACCCUCACUUCCUACAAUAUUCCAUCACACAUAGCGUCUUAUGAUACGGCCUUGACUUACCCAGUAUCGCGUUCUUUAGUACUAACUCGCCCUUCUCCGGACCCACCGAUCAAGUUCAGUCUCCAACAGGAGGUUUAUGAGGGUGACCCAUAUGCAGAUGUGGCUAAUGAAGUUCAACCCACAUACCAUGCAUAUGCUAAAUCAGGCACGGCAGUUGGCCCAGUCGUAUACGUGAAUUACGGGCGUGUGGAAGACUAUGUGACCUUGAAAGAAAUGGGAGUAAAUGUUUCGGGUAACGUUGUAUUGGCAAGGUAUGGAGAGAUCUACAGAGGGGACAUAGUUGAGAAUGCUUACGAAGAAGGAGCCAUUGGAGUUCUGAUUUUCACAGAUAGGAAGGACUAUGGAGGUGGAGGAGGGGAUGUGAAAUGGUUUCCAGAUGAUAAGUGGAUGCCUCCCAGUGGUGUUCAGGUGGGUUCAGUUUACAAUGGAGCCGGCGACCCAACCACACCUGGAUGGCCAAGCACUGAGGGAUGUGAGAGGCUUUCGGAUGAGGAGGUGGAGAGGGCGGGAGAUGUUCCACUUAUACCUUCUUUACCCAUUUCCUGGGCUGACGGCGAUGCAAUUGUUCGGUCCAUUGGUGGGCAAGUAGCAUCAGAUGCUUGGCAAGGAGGAAAGGAUGCCCCUGUUUAUAGAAUUGGCCCAGGACCAGGAAUUGUGAACUUGACUUACAACGGGAAACAAGUACUAAGCAGAAUUGAGAACGUUGUUGGGAUCAUUGAAGGAGCAGAAGAACCUGACAGAUUUGUCAUUCUUGGAAAUCAUCGGGAUGCAUGGACAUUCGGAGCUGUUGAUCCCAACAGUGGCACAGCAUGCCUGCUUGAGGUUGCAGAAAGGUUGUGGAAGCUUCAGAAAAAGGGGUGGAAACCUCGACGGACAAUUAUAUUUUGCAAUUGGGAUGCAGAGGAGUAUGGCCUGAUAGGAUCAACAGAAUGGGUUGAAGAGAACAGGCAAAUGUUGGCCUCAAGAGUUGUAGCUUACUUGAAUGUCGAUAUUGCAGUUGGAGGAGCUGGAUUUAAAGCCUCUGCAACUCCACAGCUUGACGAACUGCUCAUACAAGCUGCCAAGCAGGUUCCGGACCCAGACAACUCAUCACAAACUGUCUAUGAUUCCUGGAUUAGCUCCACAGAUAAUCCUGCGAAGAUUGGGAGGCUAGGAGGUGCAGGGUCAGAUUAUUCAGCCUUUGUGCAACACAUUGGUGUUCCAGCAGCUGACAUAUCCUUUGGAGAAGCUUACCCAGUCUACCACUCAAUGUAUGACGACUUUAUCUGGAUGAACAAAUUUGGUGAUCCGAUGUUUCAAAGGCAUGUAGCAGUGGCAAGCAUUUGGGGAUUACUAGCACUCAAGCUAGCAGAUAACGAAAUUCUUCCUUUUGACUAUCUCCCUUAUGCUCUCGAGCUUCAGAGAAGUGUAGAAAGUUUGAAAGAUGAAGUUGCAAAUAGAGGCAUAACCCUUGUUCCCCUGGUCAAGUCAAUUAAAGAACUGGAGACAGCAGCCACUAAGAUAAAUGAGGAGCGAAAGGCACUAGAAGGAAGCAAAAGCUGGACAUCAAUGUGCAAAGACAGUCAAAAAGUAAGAGAGUUGAAUGACAGACUCAUGAUGACUGAACGGGCAUUUACAGACAGAGAGGGACUUCCAGGAAGAUCGUGGUAUAAGCAUUUGAUCUAUGCACCGUCAAAGCACAAUGAUUAUGGAUCUACGUCCUUCCCUGGGAUAGAUGAUGCACUUGAAAAGGCAAAGAACCUAAAUACUGCUGACUCGUGGCAUUCUGUACAACAUGAAAUCUGGAGAGUCGCUAGAGUCAUUACACAAGCUUCGCUAUGCCUCAAGGGUAAAUUAACAUGAAAAUAUGUUGUACUGCACCCAGCAUUUUGGUUGUACUUUAGUUUCUGGAUUCAAAGAUUUGUGUUCUCUACGGUUACAAAGCCAAAUUCCAUUUAAGCUUGAUAAUGUUUGCAAGAAA